UUUAAGGCACCCAAAAUGCACUAACGCCAAUGCUUAGCUAUAAAAUUAAUUCAAACAAUUUUUAAAAUAAUGAAAGCCACAAGUAGGAAACCAUCCUUUUCAUCGAAGCGGGGCUCUGGUCGCUCGAACACAGAAAAGCCUCCGUGUAAGCCCCCGUCACCAGAGAACGACAAGUGCAUGGAUGCGUACAAUGAUCCCGAAUACACCAUGGAUAAAUGUGUCCAAUCGCAGGCUGGAUGUCAGCUCCAAACAGUGGAAAGAAGCGAGCAGAAUACGCUUGCUGAGCUAGUUCACAUCAAGAGCGAGCUCUUUUGCGAAGCUUUAUGCGAUGUCCUGGACGAGCUGGGAGACUUUCUGGAUGGAGAGCAGGACGAUUCGGAUCUGGAAGCAAAACCAGUCAUCACGCCACCGCCGCCCUCCAUUUCACUGGCCGACGACUCGUCUUUGUUCACUAGAAGAUCAAAGCCCGACUUAGAAGUUGAAUCCUUGCAGGAGUCGGGCGAAAUCUCUUCCAGUGAGGCCAACAACACUGAGGAAAGUUUAUCUGGGGAGGAGAAUCCCGUUCGAGGUAUUAAUUUCUCUGCAAAAGAAUGCCAAGAGGAGGAGGAUCUCCUAAGUAGUCCAGAAGCCAACUCAGGACACUGCUGGGGCAGCGUAGAGCACAAAGAAAUGUUCUCCGAGAAAACGAUCAUAACCAAGGCCAAAGUAAUCAAGCCAGACCAUAGAAAACGUCGCAGCGAAUCCAAAGAGCGGAAACGUGCUCGAAGAAAGAGUUCCCCGAUACGAAGAGUACCUAUUACUCGCAGCCCCAGCCCCUUGUUCAGAAGCAGGAGAAGGAGUUUGUCAAGAAACUCGUCCUCAGGCAAAAGAAGAUCAAGCACUGCCAGCCGCAGAUGGCACCAGAGCCCAUCCAGGGAUCAGAAACGAUCUCGAAGGAGGAGCUCCUCUAGAAACCGGCUGAGGCGCUCUUGCAUGCCGGUCUCGCCUAGGCGAAGAUUAAGAUCCAGAUCUCGAAAUUCGGAUCGCACGAGUCGUUCCCGUUCUAUAAGAAGUCGCCCCUCUGACAGAAGAUUAAGACAUCUUUCUCCGAGCAUUAGACACAGACGUCGCAGUCCCUACCGGGGUCGGCCUACCUCGCCCGGAUGUGGAAGAAGGCACGUCCGGCGACACUCGCCAGCCCUAUUGUCUCGUCAUCGUUCAAGAAGCAGAUCUAGGUCAGCCAGGAGACUGGUACGAGAGCAAUUAGGGAACAGGGUUUCGUUGCGGGAGCGUUCAAGGAGCCGGCCAGUCAGAAAACCGAUCCGAAAGCGUUCUAGGAGCAGGUCCAUAUCAGCUAAGGUCAUGCUGCAUGAGGGUUCGAGAAGCGCAUCCAGUUCGCGCACGGUGAGUAAAAGUCGGCCAACUAAGGCCCGCCAGCCUUCCAGGAGCCCGAAGAGUAACCUUCAGGAGCAUCCGAAGAGUGCCUCUCAGAACCAGACCGUGAAGUCACUUGCGGACAAGUCCUGGAUGGCCGACCAAGUGGCAAGUCCAGUCGAGGACAUUCCGCCACAAGAUUGCAUCAAGCCGCCGUCGGUCAGGUCCUCCCCCAUCUUGCCGCGGCCGAUCUCCCCGAUGAUCACGCUUCACGACAACCGACUAACCCGCCCCAGGGAGUUGCGCCAUUAUCUGCUGCCUACCCCACCUGUUCCCCAAAUGGUCUAUACACACUAUACCCAACUGGAGUACAGUGCGCAGCACUUGCCAGGCUACCUAGCGCCCGGAACUCACAACCAACGUCCACACGAGCUCGGUGCUUACGACCUGCGACACCGUUUGUCCACAACGCGAUCCCUCUACUAUCUGGGUCCAAACGACCUGCGUCACCGGAUCCAGGACGUGUUCCGGCCGGACGUCUACUCGCCUCCUCCUGCCUUCAAUGCCUACGCCGAGUGGCCCACAGGAUACCCGGGGGAGUACCACCCCAGCGGUUAUUACUGA